AAAAGUGCUUCUGUAUGGAAGAGCGUGCGGACCCCACCGCCCCAUCACGACGGUUAUCAAAUAGACACAAAGAGCUGUUGUGUAACUGGACGGGCACACUACGGCCGCAUUGUGUAAAUACCUAUUAGGGCGCAAUGGCACAUCAGAGUGAGCGGACAUUGUGAAGUGGGGCUGUGAUUUCUUCACAUAUUUUUGUGACUAAAUCGCAAUCAAAAUGGUGACCUACCCUUUACCGGAGGGAUUCUCCGAAACCGAUGUGUUCUCUAUGGGAUCAUUUCUUCUUGUGGAAGGACUCAUUGGAUUCUUCCUGAAUGCCGUGACGGUUAUCGCUUUCCUUAAAGUAAAGGAAUUACGCACACCAAGCAAUUUCCUUGUAUUCAGUCUUGCAACAGCUGACAUGGGAAUCUGUAUGAAUGCUACUGUCGCUGCUUUUUCCAGCUAUCUCAGAUAUUGGCCAUAUGGAUCUGAGGGAUGUCAGACUCACGGCUUCCAGGGUUUCGUGACAGCACUGGCCAGCAUCCACUUCAUCGCCGCCAUCGCCUGGGACAGAUACCACCAGUACUGCACCAGGACUAAGCUUCAGUGGAGCAGUGCCAUCAGCCUGGUGAUCUUCAUCUGGCUCUUCACCGCCUUCUGGUCCGCCAUGCCUCUGAUCGGCUGGGGAGAGUACGACUACGAGCCCCUCAGGACCUGCUGCACCCUGGACUACACCAAGGGAGACAGGAACUACGUGUCCUUCCUCAUCCCCAUGGCCAUCUUCAACAUGGGUGCUCAGAUGUUCAUCGUCAUGUCCUCCUACCAGUCCAUUGACAAGAAGUUCAAGAAGACCGGCCAGGCAAAAUUCAACCCUAACACUCCCCUGAAGACCAUGCUCUUGUGCUGGGGUCCAUAUGGCGUUCUGGCCUUCUAUGCUGCUGUUCAGAAUGCCAACCUGGUGUCUCCUAAACUGAGAAUGAUGGCUCCUCUUCUGGCUAAGACCUCCCCAACAUUCAACGUGUUCUUGUACGCUCUGGGAAACGAAAACUACAGAGGUGGGAUCUGGGAGUUGCUCACUGGGCAAAAGAUGGAAGUGCCUCAAAUUGAGAAGUCUAAAUAAAUAACAAAUUAAGUCAUCACACCCAUACACAUGUCCUGUGUUUUGUGCCACUGUGAGCCACAUUUGUCUGUAUUGGUAUUGUGAAUGUAUGUAUUUUUUCAUGGUGUCUUGAAUGGUGUCUGCGAUAAGGUUUUGUGAUUUUCUUGUUGGUUUACUGAAGACUUGUGACUGAGAUAGUACACUGCCUCUUUGUUGUUUUCCUCUGUGGAAGUUAAAGUCUAUUUUCUUUAAACCACCAGCUAAAGCCUAACCUUGAAAGCACAAAAUUUGAAGCCCAUGUAUUACAGAAGGAAAUGUACAGUAUAUGCAUUGGCAUACACACCAAGUCUUGGGUAAAGGCAGUUAUCAACACAGCACUGUGAUUUGUGUAUUGUGUACAUGCACUGUCUGUACAAUUAAAU